AUGAGCAAUGAUCAAGAUACAAAAUCGCCGCAACAACAAUUACGCGGCAAUUCCUUUGAUAAUUCAAGAUUUCAGAACAAUAAUAACGAACAAGGUAACAAUGAAAAUACCUAUGCUGGAGGAUACAACCGUGGAGGAGCUCCCGAAUCCCAACAACAACAACAGCCACAGUCUUCGUCACAACCCUAUCGACCGCCUCAUUUACAAAAUCGAGUGAAUUCAUCAAACGGUAAUUAUGUUAAUAAUAGCAAUAUGAAUAAUAGUGGCGGUUAUCGAGCAGCAAAUAAUGCUGGUCCAGCACCUUCACAGCAAAAUUACGGCAAUAACUACGGAGGUAACAAUACAUAUCAUGGACCUUCUUCACAACAACCCUAUUACGGUCAAACAGCACCACAACAGACUCAAAUGUACCAUCAAACUAUGUCGAAUACAUAUCAACAGAUGGGCCAAAUGCCACGUCCGAUGAAUCCACCACAAACACUUGAUUCUCGAGGAUAUGGUCAGCCUCCUCAGCAUCAACUACCCAUGCAAAAUCGAUCAUUUAAUGACAUGUCACAAAUGCAACAAACAUACAAUCGUCAAGGUCCGAGUAAUAAUAUGAACCAGCAAGCGUCUCAGCAAUCAGGUGGUGGUCGAUGGGACGCUAUCUUAGCUGAAAGACAAACGUCCAACAACAACAAUAGUGGAAACAAUUCGUAUCAACGUGGUGGAAGUGGCUAUUCCAACAAUUACAAUAAUCGAAAUGGUCGAGACAAUAACAGUGGAUACAGUGGACAACGUGAUAAUAACUAUGGUCGUCGCGAUCAAGAUUCUCAUAGACCGUAUCAUUCACAUGUUGGUAGUCAAUCGGGUGACACUAUUGGAGCUGAUUGGAAUACUCCAUUGCCACCAAAUGCUAAUCUUGAACGGGAAUUAUUUGGUGUUCAUCCAACUGGUAUCAAUUUUGAACUCUACUAUGAUAUUCCUGUUGAAUCAUCACAUAUGGAUCAUCCACCAAUCGAUACAUUUGACGAUUGUGAUUUUGGUGAAAUCAUCAAAAAUAAUGUUACUCUAGCUAAUUACGGUAAACCAACACCAGUACAACGCUAUGCUAUACCAACUAUUUUACUUCGACGUGAUUUAAUGGCCUGUGCCCAGACUGGUUCGGGCAAGACAGCAGCAUUUCUUCUGCCUAUCUUACACAUGAUCUUUUGUGAGGGUCCGGUGCGUAAUCCUCCAAGUGCGAACCGAAAUAACCGUAAGCAGUAUCCACUCUGCCUUGUUAUGGCACCAACACGUGAAUUAGCUUCACAAAUUUAUGAUGAAGCACGAAAGUUUUCUUAUCGAUCAAUGGUUCGUUCAUGUGUGGUUUACGGUGGAGCUGAUAUUGGCUUUCAAACACGAGAUUUAGAAAAAGGUACUCAUGUUUUAGUGGCUACGCCGGGUCGUCUGAACGAUUUGAUACAACGUGGUCGUGUUGGAUUAGCUAAUGUUCGAUACUUAGUUUUGGACGAAGCUGAUCGUAUGCUUGAUAUGGGUUUUGAGCCUCAAAUUCGUGAGAUUGUCGAACGAUCAGAUAUGCCGCCCACAGGUCAACGAAUAACAUUGAUGUUUUCAGCUACAUUUCCGAAACAGAUUCAGGAAUUAGCACGUGAUUUCCUUCAUGACUACGUCUUUUUGGCGAUUGGCCGUGUUGGUUCAACAUCGCAAAACAUCACACAAAAAAUUGUUUGGGUAGAAGAAGCAGAAAAACGCUCGUUUCUACUCGACUUACUAAAUAUUCAAUCUGAUACGUUAACACUCGUCUUUGUCGAAACGAAACGAGGGGCUGAUAUGCUGGAAGAGUUCCUAGGUAAUCAUCAGUAUUCCGUGAACAGUAUUCACGGUGAUCGAUCACAAGCUCAACGUGAAGAAGCAUUGAAAUCAUUCAAAAAUGGUCGUACACCUAUUCUUGUCGCGACAAGUGUCGCUGCUCGUGGUUUAGAUAUUCCGAAUGUCAAACAUGUUAUCAACUUCGACUUACCAACUGAUAUCGAUGAAUAUGUCCAUCGUAUUGGUCGCACAGGCCGUGCUGGUAUGGCCGGUCAAGCAACAUCUUUCUUCAAUGAGAAAAAUCGCAACAUUGCGAUGGAACUUCUCGAUAUCUUAGCUGAAGCUCAUCAAGAAGUACCCGAAUGGCUCGAAGGUUUGGCGAGAGAGACGAAAAGGGAUAAUUAUUCGAAACGAAACUACGGUGGUAAUCGACGACCUGGCGGUUUCGGUGCACGUGAUUAUCGUACGCCGGCUCAAAUACGUGGCGGUCGAGCCGGAGGCAAUAGUCGCGCUGGUAGUUCCACAGGUGGCUAUAAUAAUCAUCAGCAACAAUGGGAUGGAUCUAACGGUGGUGCCGGUGGAAACGUAUGGAGCGGUGAUCAUCAAGCAGGCAAUGCUGGUGUCUACGAUCGUUAUCAACAACAAACUGCUAGUGGUAAUGGAAAUCGACAGGCAGAUCAAAGUUGGUGGGACAAUACGUCAUGA